AGAGUGGGAUAAAAAAAUGGAGCUUCAAAUGGGAAACAAUGGAGGUGCUUCUGGUGAUGAACAUUAUGAAGAUUUUAACUCUGGAAAUAAGGGAAAGAAGGCUUACCAUCGCCAUACUUGUCAACAGAUUCUGCAGCUUGAAAAAUUUUUCAAGGAAUGUCCACAUCCGAAUGAAAAACAGCGGCGUCAGUUGAGUAGGGAACUAGGCCUGGAGGCUAAACAGAUCAAGUUCUGGUUUCAAAACAGAAGGACGCAGGCAAAGGCGCAAAGUGAACGAUCAGAUAAUUCGGUUCAUCGGACAGAAAAUGAGAGGAUUCAUUGUGAAAAUCUUGCGAUCAGAGAGGCAAUGAAAAACGUGAUUUGCCCUGCUUGUGGAGGCCCCCCUUUAGGAGAAGAAGAACGCCAACGAAAACCGAAGUCACAGAUUGAUUUGUUGACGUCUGACGCUGGAUCUUCACAGGGAGAACUGCCAACAUUUGUCCAGAAUCAAAGGAUGGGAAACCCUGGCAUUGAUUUGGAACGGAAUCCAGGAUCGGACAUUAGUCAUUUGGCAUAUAGACUUGAAGGAAUUCCAGAUAUGGAAAAUGCACUCAUGGCUGAGACUGCUGCCGGCGCAAUGGAUGAGUUGAUAGGACUUUUGCGAGUAAAUGAGCCUUUUUGGAUCAAGUCUCCAUCUGAUGGAAGAUUCGUCCUUGAUCGGCUCAUUUAUGAGAGAAUUUACCCCAGGGCCGCUCACUUCAUAAGUUGCAAUGCUCGUGUCGAAUCAUCCAAGGAUUCGGCAACAGUGACCAUGCCUGGAAUGGACUUGGUUGACAUGUUCUUGGAUCCUAACAAAUGGGUGGAUCUUUUCCCGACAAUUGUUACCGAAGCAAGAACAAUUAAGGUACUUGAAGCUGGAACAGUAGGGAACCGUCAUGGUUCGUUGCAGAUGAUGUAUGAACAAAUGCACAUACUAUCACCCUUGGUUCGGCCUAGGGAAUUUUACUUCCUUCGCCUUUGUCAGCAACUUGAACCUGGGCAAUGGGUGAUAGCUGAUGUAUCUUAUGACUACUUGAAAGAAAGCGGAUCCCCUUCCUGCGCUUGGCGGCUUCCUUCUGGAUGCAUGAUCCAAGACAUGCCUAAUGGAUGUUCCAAGAUAAUAUGGGUAGAACAUGUGGAAGCGAACGAUAGGAUUCAAACUCACCGCCUGUACCGAGAUCUCAUAUGUGGUAGUUAUGCUUAUGGGGCAGAAAGAUGGAUUGCUAGUCUCCAGAGGAUUUGUGAGAGGCUCGCUUUCUCUACAGCUGUGCCUCCACGAGAACUCGGAGGAGUGGUCACUUCCCAUGAGGGUAGAAAGAGCAUAGUAGACCUAGCCCACAGGAUGGUGAAGAUUUUCUCUUCAAGUUUGGGUAUGUCAGGAAAACUGGAUUCCCGUCAAUUGUCUGAAGGGAACAAUAGUGGAGUUCGGGUGGCUAUUUGUAAGAAUGCAGAACAAGGCCAGCCGAUUGGCACAGUUGUUAGUGCUGCUGCUUCUUUUUGGCUUCCACUCUCACCUCAGAACGUGUUUAACUUCUUCAAGGCCGAGAAAUCGCGCACUCAGUGGGAUAUUCUGUCGAAUGGCAAUCCUGUGCGUGAGAUUUCACACAUUUCCAAUGGGGCUGAUCCAGGGAACUGCAUAUCCAUUAUUCGCGUAAUUUCUCAUCCUUUCUCUCCUAUUCUGGUGUGUAGAAAAUAG